GCCGUACCCGUCCAUCUCGCAAGCCCACGUUGAUUGUUGCGUCAACAUGGGUGUCUGCAGCUACUAUCAGCGAGGCGCAUGCAAGUUUGGAGAUUCCUGCAAAAAUGAACACCCUGGAAGUUCGCGAGAUGCAAACCGUGGAGGCGGCUUUGGCGGUUCUAACAACAACCGCUUUGGCGCCUUCAAUGGCGAUCGCUAUCGUCCUGGGCAGAACAGCGGAUCCAACGCGUUCGGAGGCAGCCGUGACUCCAAACCACCAAGCUUUCAUUUGGACAGGGAUGACAUGAAAAAUGAUCUUACCACGCAACGUCCAAUCUAUCCGCUGUCGUGCUAUGGACCGGGGCGAGAAGCUCCUCGCCAACUCAUCGAGGGCCCAGUUGAGAUCAGUCCCGACGAGCUCCGCCUGCGGUACUAUACUUUGCGAGCGGCGGGUAAUGAGCCCCAAGCGCAACAAGAGGAAGCUGCGCUCAACGAGAAAAUGCAGCAGCAGGUGAAGGCAAUUCUUGAUGACGUUGCUGGCGCCAUCCGUUAUGUAGAAGAAGGUGCCAACAUCCACCCUAAUCGGAUUGAUAUUGCCAAAGGCAACGUAAAUGCAAGCGAAUCAACCAACACUACAACUGCAUCCUCAGUCUCAGCCUCUGCUUCCACCGCAAACCCCUUUAUGAAAGCCGCGUCAGCAAAUCCAUUUCAAGCGGCGUCUGCCCAAACAUCGGCGUUUGGGCAGACGUCGACUCCGGGUUUUGGAAAGCCAGCAUUUGGCCAGCCAUCGAACCCAGCGCAAACUACCUCCGCGUUUGGUCAACGUUGGAGGAUAUGGACGAAAGAAGAAAGCGGUGUCUUCGCGGCUGGGGUCAAGGCUUCGAGUGAACGGAAACUUCAGGCGAACGGACGCGACGCGCUGGCCAAUCAACGCGAACAAAGCGUCUUCCCCCCCAGCAGCGCUAUGGACUGGGCGGCAGUCAAGAGUGAGAGCCUCGCGCGCACGGCAUCAUCUGUAUCGCCAUCUCUGCCGGUUGGAGCGGAUGUUUGGUUGCUGUCUCGGCCUGGCUGGAUCGAGGCAUCUUGCAUGCCAGUGGGCAACCCGCGCGAGGCGGCCAUGAUGGGCAGUACGGAAGCAUGUUUUGCGAGACUUGAUGGCAGGGGGCGGUGCCUACCGUGA